AUGAAGUUGCAGACGUGUGAGAUGCACACAGGCGGAGAACCUCUCCGGAUUAUAGAAUCUGGUUAUCCGGACAUUCCGGGGGAAACUCUACUCGAAAAAAGAUCCUUCGUGAGAAAGAACUUAGAUCAUUUAAGGAAACAAUUGAUGUGGGAACCUCGCGGCCAUUUCGACAUGUAUGGGGCAUUAUUAGUGAAAGUGAGCCGUCCAGAGGCAGACCUUGCCGUGAUCUUCAUGCAUAACGAAGGGUACAGUACAAUGUGUGGUCAUGCCUGCAUCGCCCUCGCUAGGUACGCCGUGGACAAGGGGCUAGUGAAGUCCGUCACAUCACCUGAGACCAAGGUGACCAUCGAAUGCCCAUGUGGACUGGUCGAGUGUUUCACAGACCUCAUCAGUGGACACACACGCUUUGUUAGCGUCCCCGCCUUUGUCUUCCAGACAGAUGUAGCUAUCCACGUGGAUGGGUACGGAGAACUGAGAGUGGACAUCAGUUACGGGGGAGCGUUCUACGCAAUCUUGGCUGCAAAGACGGCCGGUCUUAACGUGAAAAAGAGUGGCAUUCUGGAGUUGGUGAACUUAGCUGCUUCGAUUACAGAGUCGGUGAAAAAGCAGGUGAAGCUGUAUCAUCCGGAGAGUUCCGAUUUGGCGUUUCUCUAUGGAACCAUUCUGACCGACGGGAAAGACGAGCACUCCGGGAAACCGACGGCUAACGUGUGUGUCUUUGCGAAUAGACAGGUGGACAGGUCUCCCUGUGGCUCGGGAGUCACAGCACGGGUCGCUCUCCAGUUCUACAAGGGAUUCUUAGGUAUUGGCCAAACCCUUCUGUUUGAGAGCGCUAAAACAGGCGACAUUUUCUCUGGAAAAGCUGUUGAAGAGACGAGGAUUGGCGAUUUCCAGGCAGUGAAGGUGGAGGUGGGAGGUAAAGGAUGGUAUACAGGGUCAGCCACAUUUACACUUGAAGAUGAGGACAAGUUGGGCAAGGGAUUCUUGUUAUAA